CAAGUCGUAGUGAUAUUCAACACUUGUUAUCCGGUUUAUUAUAUAAUAAUAUACUAAUAUCUUGUGAAAUCGAUGUCUAACGAAAAAUCCUUGAACUUGUGGUGAAGUGAAUAAAAUAAACAAUUUGAUGUAUCGAGUAUUCGAUAACCAAAAAUCUCGAUUAUGACUCGAUUGGUACUCGAGUGGUAUUCCUACACGUCUCUAAAACUGUCAUUUCUGUCAUUAAAUUUGACAUUUAAUCGCGAUGUCACGCACGUGUUGUUCUAGUGGUAUUGCUUUGGUUUAUAUAAAUAAGCCAAUAUGUACACUGUGCAGUAUUAUUAUUGGAUCUGAUUAAAUUGACGAAUGUCGCACAUUAUGGUUUCGUUUCGUAACAAUCGUGUAGUAUAGGAUAGGUUGUAUAGUAUAGUUUUUUUUAAUGAUACGUUGAAAAUCAAGUAAAUAUUUAACCAUGUCAGAAUCAGCGCCGUUUUUUGUUGAUCGAGCGAAAGCAGGACGAGCUUCGUGUAAAGGUUGUAAGACGAACUGUCCUAGUGGUGAAUUACGAAUUGCGAAACUAGUUGCCAGCCCGUACGGAGAUGGUCAACAGAUGAAAUCAUGGCACCAUGUGGAUUGUUUUAUGAAUGUGUUACUAAAACAAAGGCCAGCAACCAAACGAGUAGAUUCAAUAGAUGACAUCGGCAACUGGGACAACAUCAGCAAGGAAGACCAGGAAUUAAUAUUGAAAAAGCUAAAUGACAUGGAAAAAUUAUAUGCUAACAAAAACAGUGGUAAAUAUACAGCUAAGGUUAUUAAAAAUGUUUCUACACAAUCUGUUAAAUCUAGUCCUGUGGCAUCUAGUAGCAAGGGAGAUACAGAGAGUCCUAAGAAGCAGAUUGUGGAUACUGACGAUGAUAAGUUUGUAACAUUUUUCAAAUUAUGCAAAAGAAUCUCCAGGGUUGACGCUUACACUGAGAAAACUGCAGUAGUCAAUGAUUUCUUCAGAAAAGGCACAGACGGUACAUCGUUUAAAGGGAACCUGUUAUUGUGGUGUAAACUAUUACUGCCACAAGUAACAAAAAGAGUGUACAAUUUAAAAAGCAAGCAAUUAGUGAAACUGUUUUCAAGGAUAUUUAGCAGUGAUCACGAUGAUAUGUUAACUCAUCUAGAGAAGGGAGAUGUUGCGGAAACCAUACAACAUUUCUUUAAUAAAUCAAAAACCAUUCAACCUGCCUCAGAGAGCACACUUACAAUACAAAAAGUAGAAGAUUUCUUAGAAGACCUUUCAAAACUAACAAAAGAGGAAGAACAAAUAUACCACUUCAAGAAGAUUGUAAAGAAAUGUACUCCAGAUGACCUGAAAAUGCUUAUUAGAUUAAUAAAGGCAGAUUUACGAAUAAACGCUGGGCCAAAGCAUAUAUUGGAAGGAGUUCAUCCUGAUGCUUACAGUGCAUUCCAAACAUCAAGAGACCUCAACAUGGUAUUAGAUAGGAUUACAUCCAAUGGUUAUACCGUAAAACAUAAAGAUGCAAUCCAAACAAGUAUUCAGGCUAAACUUUCUCUUAUGACUCCCAUAUUACCGAUGUUGGCUGAAGCUUGUAAAUCAGUGGAAAUGGCAAUGAAAAAAUGUCCAAACGGAAUGUUCUCAGAGAUCAAAUACGAUGGAGAAAGAGUGCAAGUCCAUAAAAAGGGGAAUGAAUUUAAAUAUUUCUCUAGAGCUUUAAAACCGGUUAUGGCACAUAAAGUUAAUCAUUUCAAGGAAUAUUUACCACAAGCUUUUCCUAAAGGUACGGAUUUAAUUUUGGAUGCCGAAGUUUUAAUGGUAGAUGUUACUACGGGGAAACCAUUGCCCUUCGGUACCUUGGGCAUUCAUAAGCAGUCAGAAUUUAAAGAUGCACAAGUAUGUCUGUAUGUGUUUGACUGUUUGUACUACAACGGUGAAGUGUUAAUUGAUAUGCCUAUUAGGAAAAGAAGAGAGAUAUUACAUCAGAAUAUGGUGGAAGUUACUAAUCAUGUUAUGUUUUCUGAACAAAAAAUGAUUCAGAAACCAUCGGAUUUAGCUAAAAUGAUUGCUGAGGUACUGGAACUGGGCCUUGAAGGUUUAGUACUUAAAGAUUUGGAGUCCAAAUACGAGCCUGGCAAGCGACAUUGGUUAAAAGUAAAGAAAGACUACCUAUUCGGUGGAGCCAUGGCUGACUCGGUUGAUCUAGUGGUACUUGGGGCUUGGUUUGGAACGGGUAAGAAAGGCGGGAUGAUGUCGGUCUUCCUAAUGGGUUGUCAUGAUGCUCGUCGGAAUAAAUGGGUGACAGUAACAAAGGUCCAUACAGGCCAUGAUGACAAUACACUGGAGAGGCUUCAGAAAGAAUUAGAACCUUUAAUGGUGAAAAUAUCGCAGGACAGCAAUAAAGUCCCUUCGUGGUUGGACUGCAAUAAUGGCAUGGUACCCGAUUUCGUCGCUGCAGAUCCUAAGAAACAACCAGUUUGGGAGAUUACUGGCACUGAAUUAACGAAAGCGAAUCUACACACAGCGGAUGGCAUAUCAGUGAGAUUCCCAAGAGUAACUAAGAUAAGAAAUGACAAGGACUGGAAAACAGCGACUAAUUUGGACGAAUUAAAGGAUUUAUAUAAAAAUUCGAAAGAAAAAGUAGAUGUAUCACUUCUAAACAAACUGGCAGCUGAUGCUGAUUCAGAUGAACCACUAGCGAAGAAAAAUAAACCGAGCUUGGAUUCAUUUGUAUCGCCCGUAAAGAACAACGCAAGUCCUACAAAACCGAAUAAAGUUAGCCCAAAAAAAUUUAUAGAUUAUUACUUAACAAAGAAAGAAGAAAUUACAGAAGCUAAAUUGGAACUCAAAGAAGCUAAAUUGGAACUCAAAGUAGCUAAAUUGGAACUCAAAGAAGCUAAAUUGAAACUCAAAGAAGAAAUUACAGAAGCUAAAUUGAAACUCAAAGAUUUACGUACAGAAGCUAAAAUGAAACGAAAACGGCGUAUGGAAAAUAAAUCAACAGAUACAAAAAUUAAAGAAGAAAUUAUGGACGUAGAUGAAUCAGAUGGUAAUAAUAAAGAAUUUGAGUUUGCACCAGAAAAUCCUUUGCCAGACGUUUUUGAAGGUAAACGGCUUGGCUUCUACCCAGAUUUCAUCAGUUUUCCAGAAGAAGAAAGAAGAUAUUAUGAGAGACACUGGAUUGCAUAUGGAGGCACAGUUGUCAAAGCCAUUAAAGCAAUGGAUGUAGAUUACGUCGUACAUAAUAAAAGGAGUAUAGAAUUAUCAAAAAUGACUAGAUUGUCUAAAAAGGUCCCUUCAAAUGUAAGACAUGUGUAUAAAGAUUGGUUAACUAAAUGCAUCUGUGAAGUAAAGUUGUGUGAUACAAAAGAUUAUCCAGUUUUCAUUGUUAAGUAACUCUGUUUCACUCACCGAAGGUUGUAUCGUGAUGAAUCUUUUGACGGAGAUGAAAUCUCAUUCUAUGUUAUUUAUUGUUAUACAGCGUUGACUAUCCCAUCUAUUUUGGAUAAUCUUGUGAUACGUCCAAUGAGGUACCAUACUUAAAAUGUUCUACUGAUUAAAAAAAUAACAAUUUUCGAUGGGACAUUGAGUUUUAUUUUUGUCAAGUCUGUUCAUACGCCCCCAGGAAAAAUAAAGUUAUAGCUCACACAUCCAGCGCAGUAAAUGCAGUUCAAUUGUCACAGCCAGAUCAAAAUUGCAUUACACGGACAGUCAAAGUGUUAAAAUCGUAAUACUAAUUGCGUUAUAAUGAUGUUUCAUUUUGAACUUACUGAUUUAGGUUACUGAGGUAGAAUAGACAUUCAUAUUAGAGUCGUAGGCUGCGCGACGUCUGUCUCGCAGUGUGUAUGCGGGACAUGGCUGAUCUAUUUAACCUUUUGAACGCCAGAGCGUAAACACAUCGGCGCCCCUUCUACGCCAAGCCACAAAUUCAGUACAAAAACCUACAAAAAAAAUAGUGAUUCCAACAUCUUAACGAAAAGUUAUCGAUAACCAAUGAAUCCGUGCUUUUCGUUCUAUAUUUUUUAAAUAAAUAUUAUUCGUUGCA